ACGAAAUUUUCCAAACAAAAACAACUUUUGUGCGAUCCAUGUGUGAAAUUCUGACCCAGUUGACAUCUUUCGGCACAAAUUAAAUGCAAAGUAGGUCGAAAACAGCAAACAAUAACACCGGAAAAUGACUUUGUCGGAGGAAAUCUCGCAAGAAAUCACGGAAUCCAACAAAAAUCGCAAUGCCAUAAGGUGUCGAGAGUGCAACAGUUUGGUCCUCAAUCCAAAUACGGCGGAUUUUGUCACACAAACUUUUUCGCUUCCGAAGCAGCAUCAAAAGAACACCGUGAAGAUCGAUGAGCUGGAAUGUGAGGAUUUUGAUCAUUUUUGGACUGUCAAAGACAUUUUGGCGUUCGAAAAUGUGGGUUUUUUGAACACUGUUGAUAGCAAAAAGUACCUGAUUUGCGCGGAUUGUGAAAAAGGACCCAUUGGAUAUCAGGAUUUGACGACGCAGAAUAUUUAUGUGGCAUUUAAUAGGAUAAAGCAUGUCCAAAAGUGAGGUUUCGUGUAAAAAUUAAAUGGAGAAAAAUCA